AUGAACUGCCCUUCGCGAACGGACGACACUCUCCAACAUGACGAGUGGAACCAAAAUCCGUCCCUCCUCGCCCCGGACUCGACUACUUGCCAAGACCUCAAAGGUAUCGCGAACACUCGCGAGAACAAAGAUGGGAGAAGAGGAUUUUCUGCAUUGCAUGGUUCCUCUAAGUGGAUGGAUGCUCCUCCAUUGAAGGAGCUGGAGAAGGAGAACUCCCUCUGCUCGGGACGCGGGAUGUCCCUGACAUUGUCAGGACAUCUCGCACCAUCCAAGGUUGGCCCAAAAGCUGACCAGAACGAAGCUUCAAAUAGCAUCGUCUCGCCAUACCAGACUGUCAAAAGCUGGGCAUUAUGGCUUUUCUCCGUCCUCUGUGGUUCAGUAUUCAUCUCAUCCACCAGACUAAACACAUACUUGCUAUUCAAACAAAAGCUCAUCAUCGAGCAAUCCCUCGAACCCCAACGUCUCACACAAAUCAAAAGAUCAAAAUGCGCAACCGGAGGAGGUGUUCGCGGCGAGGCAUACGACCUUCCCUUACAUGUCGCAGCCCUAUUCAUCAUCCUAGCAACAUCAACCAUUGCCUGCGCAUUUCCAAUACUAGCAACACGAUUCCCUCGUCUACGCAUUCCGCCUUCAUUCUUAUUUUUCGUUAGCCAUUUCGGAACGGGGGUCUUGAUUGCUACUGCCUUUGUGCACCUUCUUCCUACGGCGUUCACGUCGCUUGGGGACCCUUGUUUGUCUCAUUUUUGGACGACGGACUACCCGGCGAUGCCGGGUGCCAUCGCUCUGGGUGGGAUAUUUAUUGUGACUGUUGCGGAAAUGGUAUUUAGUCCGGCUCAGCAUAUUUGUCGGGGAGGGAACUCGAGAACUAUCAAGCAGGCACCUUUGCCAAGGCACGAUGAAGGAGCUUAUUUGUCCACGCUUGGUGGAAGAGCUCAUCUACGAGACAUGGGCCCUCUGAUUGGAAGAUCAUCGAGUAUUAGCAGGGCUAUGAACCGCGUGGGAGACGACUCCGGGGACAUUGUUCGUGUUGCAUCAGCCCCCGAGAUUCAUCCACAUCGCGAAAAAGAUAAUGGGGCCGUCCAGGAAGAUAUCGAGCGACACGAGAACAUCUUUGAAUUGACACCGGAACAAAAGCAGAAGAAGGAGACGAUGCAGGUGUAUCUCCUUGAAAUGGGCAUCCUAUUCCACAGUGUGUUCAUUGGCAUGUCUCUCAGUGUCUCAAUUGGAAAUGAGUUUGUGGUUUUACUGAUUGCCAUUGUGUUCCAUCGUGUGUGCAAUUCCAAAUCCAAGUCGAUUGUGUGUGAAAGCUGA